GUCAGCGGUGACACCGGCGCUGGCAAACGGGGGACAGGGACGACGGGGGGAGGCGCAGCGUUUGGCCGCCCGCCUCUUCCACCUCGACGGCUUCAAGAAGUCCCAGGUGGCCGCGUUCCUCCGCAAGAACAAUGAUUUCAGCGGGAUGGUGGCCCAGGAGUACCUGGACUUCUUCCAGUUUGGUGGCCAGACGCUGGACCAGGCGCUCAGGUCCUUCCUGCAGGCGCUGGUGCUGACGGGCGAGACGCAGGAGCGCGAGCGCAUCCUCGGCCACUUCUCCCGGCGUUACCACCACUGCAACCCCGGUGCCUUCCCCUCCCCGGAUGCCGUGCACUCCCUGACGUGUGCCAUCAUGCUGCUGAACACCGACCUCCACGGGCAGCGCCUCGGCCGUGCCAUGACCAGCGCCGAAUUUGUGGCCAACCUGAGCGGGAUGAUGGACGGGCAGGAUUUCCCCAGGGAGCAGCUGAAGGCUCUAUACGGCUCCAUCCGCAGCGAGAAGCUGGCGUGGGCAGAGGAUGAGGAGGAAGAGGAGGAGGAAGAGACGGCGGGGGGGGGGCAGCCGGCCCCCCCUGGCUGUAAGAAGAGCAACCCUUUCCUGGACCUGCCGGGGGGGGCCGGGGCUGUCACCUACCGCCGGGGCUGGCUGGCCAGGAAGGUGCUGGCCGAGGCCGACGGCAAGAAAACGCCGUGGGGCAGACGAGGCUGGAAACCCUUCCAGGCUGUGCUAAAGGGGACAGUCCUCUACUUCCUCAAACCUGGGGGGCGAACGGGGGUCCCCCGCCGUCCCCCCGAGCCGGGACCCUUCCCGGCCCCCCAGGAGGAGGAAGGACCCGAGGCCGAAGAGCCCUUGGGGGUCCACCACGCCUUGGCCGAGCGCGCCAGCAAAUACACCAAGCGCCCCAACGUCUUCCGACUGCAGACGGCCGACUGGCGCGUCUUCCUCUUCCAAGCCCCGACGUCGGAGGAGAUGUUCUCCUGGAUCUCCCGCAUCAACUUGGUGGCCGCCCUCUUCUCCUCUCCCCCCUUCCCCGCCGCCGUCGGUUCCCAACGCCGCUUCGUCCGCCCCAUCCUCCCCGCCGCCCCCAGCCGCGUCCCCCCGGAGGAGCAGCACCGCUCCCACGAGGCGUGGAUGGAGCGGGUGGCCCAGGAGCUCUUCGAGCAUCAACGCAACCUCCCCGAAAAGCGGGGACGAGCCCGCGACCUGGACGAGUACCGCCUGAAGAAGGAGUAUCUCCUCUACGAGAGACGUCGCUAUGAGACCUACGUGCAGGUGCUGGAGACGUGGAUCAGCGCCGGCGCCCAGGACCUGGAAGGGUGGGAAGCCCAAGCGGGGCCGGUGGUGGCCCCCCCGGACCCCCCCACCCUGACCAAAGCCCACUCCAGCCCCUCGCUGGUCCCCGAGCCCCCCAUCGCCCCCACCGUCCGCGUCAAGAGGAACAUCUCCGAGCGCCGGACGGUGAGGAAGAUCGUCCCCAAACGCAACAAGAACCUGCUGUGAUGGACACGGGGGGGGGGGAAACAUGGGGAUAUUGGGGGGGGCAACCCCCCCCCCCCCCCCCGGUACGAGGUUCCUUCGGGCACCACCAGUUUUGAGCCAACCUGGGGGAGGUGGGCUUGG